GGCCUGGCCGCGCGCCGCCAUGGCAACGGCCAACGGCCGGGCGGCAACGGCCGGGCAUGGCGGCAACGGCCGGGCAUAGCGGCGAGGGGCGAGAGGCGGCGGCGCCCGCAGCAUGUCUCACGCCACUUACAAUAAGGUGUGGACAGAUGCCCAAGAAGCCCUCAACAUCCUACUCCAGAGAGAGAGAGAAGAUAAGUCCCUCAAGCCAGAGCAGGACCGUGUGACAACAUUCAAAACAUUAGCCACUUCCUACAUCAAAUACGUGCAAAUCUUCCGUAACUUGGAGACGGCCUACGACCAAAUUGUUCACCCACAAAAACGACUAGUGAUUCGGCAAGUGCUAGAAGGCGUGAUGGGCCGGAUCCUGGAGCUGAAAAAUGACAUGGUGACGCUGGAGAAUUCAGAGUACCACUACUUUGAUGAUAUCCUACAAGACCUGAAGCUUCCACCGGAACACAUAGAAAUACCUAUCCCAAGAUAUUUUAUUAAAGAAAAGCUGAAAGCCUUACAAGAGAGAGAGAAAUUCCUCACUCAGAUUUUAUUUCAUGCUGGAUUGCAAACACAGAAACCUGUCAAGUCCAUGGCUUUUGAAGAAGCCAUUAAAACAAUCCAGGUUGCAGAAAGGGCUCGUCAAGGCCGUCUUCGAGCAACAUUCAUGAAGCAGAUCUACCUUGAAGAGAAGAGAGAAAGACAAGCUAAACUUCAGGGCAGGACGGGUCCAAAUCCAGAUGAUGCUGCCACUUGCAUUCAAAAGAUUUGGCGUGGAUAUAUCCAGUGCAAGAAAACAGAGAAAAUUGGAGAAGAGGAAAUGAUAUUUCUGGGGAUGUGCCCACCUCCUCACUUCCAGACAGCAAGUACUUCACUACUGCAUGCCAGGGAAGUAAACGCCCUGCGAGGUGAGGUCCAGGAGAGACACGAGGAGGAGUAUCAGAAAGCCUUGGUGUAUAUCAAAGACAGGCUGAAAGAAAUAGAGGGGCUCGACAUCAAAGAAACUCUCCAAGAUCAGAUCCGCCAGUGUUUCAUCGAGUGCCGGCAUAUCGUUGGCAAGUUUUCUGACUAUCCUACUGAAGAAGCAGGAGGUUCAACAGCUACUUUUUCUCAAAAAACCCCAGAGCAGGUUGCCGCAGAACUAGCUGCCAAAGAAGAGGCUGCUUUACAGAAAAAGUCCAAAAAGGGGAAAAAAGAAAAAGAAGAAAAAGGGAAGGAAAAAAAGAAAGGAGAAAAAAAGCAGAAAACAGAAAAGAAAGUUAAAGGAGAGGAGGAAGGCUGGAAAAUGGCUCCCAGUAACUUCCUCUCCAUAAUGGAAGAAGGAAGCAGUCAGUACAAAGCCAUUUGGAAGAACAGAGACGAGGGAUGGAAUUUCCCCCAGGAGCGUGACCCAGAGCUGAUCAAAGAAGAGAAGCGGGAAGAAGUGGAGGAAGAGAUCAGAGUGCAGGUUGACGAAUUGAUGCGACAGGAACUGAAGAAUCUCAAACUGGUUGUGGACAAGGAGAAGAGCGAUGAACAGAAAAAAGGAAAGAAAAGUGAAAAGAAAAAAGGGAAGACCAGAAAGAAAAACUCCAGGACUGACAAAGAUCUGACUCCAAACAGGACCAUCGAUUCGCUGUACAAAGAACUAGCGGAACAAGGAUUACUAAUAAGAGCCAAGACAGUUAAUCUCUCUGAUUAUGUUGGCGAGUACAGCUAUCUGGGGACUGCACUUCGUCAGGUAGACGUAGAGCCAAUGCCCUCUCUCUCGGAUGUCAGACAGCUAAUAGCGCUGUAUGGAAUAUUGCCAUUAGGUUCCCAAGCAGUCCACGAGAAGGCUCCUUUGGUGAAAGCCAUGUUACUAGCUGGACCUGCCGGUGUUGGAAAAAAAAUGCUUGUCCAUGCCAUUUGCACAGAAACAGGAGCCAACCUCUUCGACUUAUCUGCUUCCAACAUUGCUGGGAAAUACCCAGGCAAGAACGGCCUGCAAAUGAUGCUCCACAUGGUAUUCAAGGUGGCUAAACUACUGCAGCCUUCAGUCUUGUGGAUUGGAGACACAGAAAAAACAUUUUAUAAAAAAGUGCCAAAGGCUGAAAAAGAGAUGGAUCCAAAACGACUGCAAAAAAUUCUCCCCAAAUUCCUCAAGGCUUUGAAAGCAGAGGACAGAGUGCUGCUAGUGGGAACCACUGAACGUCCCUUCGAUGCUGACCUCAGACCUUUCUGCAAAGUUUACCAAAAAAUCAUUCUGAUUCCUAGGCCUGACUAUGCUUCAAGAUUUGUCUUAUGGAAACAUAUCAUCCUGCAGAAUGGAGGAAUCCUCACCAAAUCACUGAACAUAAGCUGCCUAGCAAAGUUAUCUGAUGGUUUCACCCAGGGACACAUCCUCCAGGCAGUGCAAACUGUCCUGAGUGAACGACGCAUCCUGCAGAUGACUAAGAAGCCACUGAGGGCUGUUGAGUUCAUGACUUCUCUGGCCAGACAAGACCCCGUGUACAAAGAGGAGGAAGAAACAUUUAAGGCUUGGUAUGCCAAGACACCACUGGGUAAAGCACGAAUCAAAGCACUGGCAGAGAGUGAGGAAGCAGGAAAAGAAAAAGGAAAAGGAAAGGCAAAAGGAAAAAAGGAAGCAAGCAAAGACAAAAAGAAAAAGUAACUUCCUCAAGAAUUUUUCAGCUGGCAAUACCAGUCACAGCUCCUCUUCACUGGAAAAGGGAGAUGUUAGCAGAGCAGGCACUUCAGAGGAAUGCACCCCAAAUUACAGCUGGUCCAGGAAAAAUUAUUCAUUUCUUACUCUAUUUUUUUUUUUUAAAGUUACAGAGUAGGAUGAGACAUCUAUGUGGCAUGUAGCGCUCAGAAGAUAAGGAGUUAAUGACCA